CACACACGCAAACACAGUUGGUCACAAUGGUGUCGCCCUGUAUGUUAACGCUUUUGGCUGCGGCUUGCAGCGUGUCUGCGUGGGGCGAAGAGAUGUAUCUUCCACCACAAGCACGUCAUCUGAAUACAGUAUUGCAGAACGUCAUCACAGGAUCCGAAGGCGACGACACGAUCAUUGUCACGGGCAACGUGGAGUUCAAGGAGACGAUAAAGGUCACCAAGAAGAAAGUAAAUGAGACAGAUCACGAGAAAAUGGAAAACUACUUUUUUGAGAGAUGCUGUGAUGUGCCUUCAAACCUGACAUACUCAGUCAAUGAGACUGUCAGAGAAUGUAUUGACGUUGUACAGGAAGGUAUUUCAGAAAAAGGCGAUUACAAAGAAGAAGCAACAAGACAGUUGACUACUCUUAAUUGUAUCCUUCAGUGCGUGGGCUACAAACUUGGAUUGAGCGAGAGAAAUGGGAACAUUCUUCCUGAAGAAAUGAUCAGUUUCUUCUCAAGCGACAGCAGGGCCGUGGUUUUGGGUAUAACGGAGAACAUGAUAAACAGGUGUAUCAGAGAUGCUAAGUACAGCACGUCAGAAAUGAACAACCUAAAUGAGGGGGGCAAAAUAUGCGACACGUCGAAUACUGAACUCUUCAAAUUUGUAAAAUGCAUCACAGAACUUGAAAACCUUCACUGCCCUUCUAAGUACCUGAUACAAAGUAAAUCCUGUCACAGAAGGAGAGAGACGAUGAAGAAGAAACGUCGCCACGAAGCUGAACAGGAGAUUCAUAAUUAAUAAAGUUCCACACAGUUUUAUAAAGUUUAAAUUUUCGAAUUCAGAUUACUUCAAAACUGUAAAUGAAAAAGUCGGCGAGAUAUAAAUACAUUAAGAUUCUUGUUGUGAAGAAAGCGCUCCUUUUUUUCUUUUGCGUUUUAUGAUUCAAAUGUACCAUGAAUUUGUAGACUGGCAACGCUCAGUAUUCGAGUGAAGGUGUACUUACUUA